CUGUGCUGUGCUGUGCUGUGCUGUGUCGUGCACUGCCAGGACGACAUAGUCCCUCGUCUGAGUCUGCACGCGUUGGAGUCUCUGCGCGCUGAAGUGGUGGCGUGCGCUGCUGCACAGCCCAGCAAGGAAAAGCGUGCCCGCGGCGCCACUUCAAACACCACCACCAGCAGCAGCGAUAGCAGCAGCAGCAGCAGCAGCAGCAACAGCAGCAGCGACCGCAGCAGCAACGGCGCCAGCAGCAGCAACAGCAGCAGUGUCGGCGCCAGCGGCACUGCUCCUGACAACGUUCCGUCUGUUCAAGAGCCAGAAGUGGUGACAUCCGCCCUCCAACAAGACACGGUUGCCAAGGCUGAUGUGGCCGGUUACACGGGACGCGAGCUGACCAGUGCUACGAUACUCCACGACUCCAUUGCUUCCAAUGGCCCGGCAUUCAGUGACCCUGCAACCAGUAAUCCGUUGCUUUCUCCCCCUGACUUACCUCCUCACUCCCCCCCUCACUCGUUCUCGCACUCCCCGUCUCUCUCACACUCCUCCACCUCUUUCCCCUCCUCUUCAUCUGCCUCUUCCCCCACCACCACCACUGACACUACCCCUCACGACCUCACUCUCUCCACCUCCUGCUCGUCCGCUCUUGACGCUCUCUACACCUUCUCCUCCUCCCUCCCCUCCUCCUCCCCCGGCUUCUCCUCCUCCUCUCGCUCCCCUCUCUCUGUCUCUCGCACCGGCCUGCCUCCCCACACGCCUUCCCCUGACCCUCCCUCGCUCUUGACCAAGCUCAAGUCGAAGAGGUGGAGGAAGCAAAAGAAGCAGAGGGAGUUGAGUCGACACGAGAUGCUGCUCCUGCACCAGGUGCAGGAAGAGUGCUGUGUUUCGGACGAGCGUGAGUCUUAUGGUGGAGCAGCUAGUAAAGAGGAUGGAUGGGAUGACUUGAGUCAGCAGCCAUGGCAACCACAGCAAUCAUGGGAGCCACAGCAACCACUGGAAGGUGGGGAGAAUGACUGGGACACUGGAUUGAUCCCGCUAGACGCUGGAGAGGAGGCUAGCCGCAGCCAAGGGACGAGUAGUGACAUGGGAAUGCCCAGUGAAGACGAUGGAGGUGCAAAUGGUGCUGACGAUUCUUCAGUUGCAAGUGGCGAUCAUCUCACCCUGCAAGGUUUGGAGCAGAAUGACGAUGGCAAAAGUGAGGUGCUUCAAGAGGUCGUCCCUUCUAAUGGCGAGGCGGCAUCUGCGGACGUGGUAACCAUGGACACGCACAGGCGUUACGCCCCGGGAAAGCUGUACCAUAUAGUGAGGGAUAAGAAGGAUGGGGAGCAUGUGUUGCUGGAGGCCCAAGGGAGCUCUCGAUUUGAGAGGAUUGUUUUGUCGUCCUCGCUAUUGUCAGACCAUCUUGUGAAUUCGUACAUGUAUGCAUUGCGAGAUGUGUUGAAAGGCAUGUAGAAAUCAUUUUGUUUUGUGCUUGUAUAUAGUCGACUUGGAUUGGUUUUUGAGAUGGGAGAAUUGCCAUUCUACUAUUUA